GUAAUGAACUUAGAGCCUGGGCAGGAAACCACAAUUCCCAAGAUGCACUUGAGAUUGCCGUGGCCACUGGACGGGGGAAGGGAAGCUGAGAUUGGAGGGAGAAAGAAUCAAAAACUGAGUUUUCAGAUCAUUUGGACAUAUGACAGCUGCUGCUGAGGACUUUGGCCAUACAGGAACCCUAUCCAUGACCCAUAUCUUCCCGGGCAAGGACAGUUUUUGCAUCAGAUGUGUGCUGUUUCAUGUGAGGCUGAAGACCUAACACAGUUGUGGUGCAAGUAUACUGAACUACAACACCACCUCUGUAGGUGCUCCUUGGAUUCCUCUUAAGUGCCAAAGUAAUGAAGUAUCUUGGACAGGGAGAGCCCAGCCCUGACAGGCAAUGUCAUUAUUCAGCUUCAGUGCACCUCUGAUGGGGCUGAUGAGAAAACCUACUGGCCCAGCAGAUCUGUGGAGGAGAGGAAGGAGGGAGGUUUCCAGGAAACACAUAUAUUGACAGAUAGUCAUAUCUUCCGAUCAGCUGAUACCUGCACAUUCCACCCAGUGCACACACUCCGAUGCAGAAGGCUGUUCCUUUGGAGUAACCGGUAAAACCAGGCUGCCAUCAGGAUCAUACACUCAAUGCCUGAAAAUCCUGGACCAUACUGCUUUUACCCAGGGAAAAAGAGGCUGUGCUUGAAGAAUACUAUGUUCAUGACUUGGCUAAUACCCAUUGCCAGUAUCACAAAUUAGUGAAAAAACCUGGUGACUUUGGACAGUGAACUCUCUGUGUAUGAAGAAAAGGAGCACAGAUAUUUGCAGUCAUUACAAAAGGUACACUACAGGAAACUAUGGCGGUCCUCGUAUCAGCUCUGCAGCCCACCGCGGUCCAUGACCUCAAAAGCCUUUAGAGGGCGGGAUUAGGAACACGCUUGCCAAGUAACACACACAUAUGCAAUGGAAGAAGACACUGGUGUCACACCACACACUGAGGGCCUGAAUGGUUUGUCCCGUGAAUGUAAACCAUUAGAGGAGAUCACCAAUGGCCACUCCAACCACAAGCCUGUCAUGAAUGGAGUGAUUAUCGGUCAUAAUGUCAAAGAUCACACCAAUGGUGGUGCACCACUCAGAUCCCUGCCAAUUUCAACACUGAAGCAGAAUGGUCUUCUGCAGACCCUGGCAGCUGGAGGGGACAAGCCUAAUCCUGCAGAGGAGGAUUCAGAGUUGGAGAAGGCCAGAGAGGAGUGGGAAGCUCUGGAGAACGUCCAACCUGCUCUCCCGGAGGACUCAAACCCAACCCCGCUCAUCUCCUUCAAUGAAGCCCUGCAGUACUUCCAGACCACAGACCUUGGGGACUUGCUGAAGAACAUCCAGCCAACCAUUCGCAGGACAGGCCUGGCCGCUAUCACACACUUCCUCUUUGGACCACCACGCCUGCACCGAGAACUUCUGGAAGAGAGGGAUCUAGUCUUCGCCAUUGCACAGUGCACUCUAGACAACAGCCAGACAGUCCACAUGCGUGUCCUCCAGACCAUCUAUAAGAGGCUGAUCGGCAGCAGGCUGGACUGUCCCCGCUACGGGACACACUGGGAAAACAUUGGCUUUCAGGGUACAGACCCAGCGACUGAUCUGCGUGGUACCGGGUUCCUGGGACUUAUGCACACUCUCUAUUUUGUGAUGGACCCAGAGACUCUACCAUUGGCUAGAGACAUCUACAAGUUAUCACAGCACCCUACACAGAACUUUCCAUUCAGCGUGAUGUCAAUCAACAUGACCCGAAUUGCUCUGCAAGUACUCAGAGAAGAAGCCUUGUCCAAGGAGUGUAAUCGUCGUCAGCAGGUGGUUGGCGUGUUGAACGAAUUCUACGUUGCCACGUAUCUGCACCUGUACCAGCUGUGGAAGACCCAGCAGAAGACCAUUUCUGACUCUGGCUUUGUUCUCAAAGAAGUGGAGCUGUUUGCCAAAAAGAACCCCAAGCAGAUGCUGCGUCGACUAGAGGUCUUCCUGAAAGAGAGGCGAUCAGGUGGGGUACCCCGGGGGGCCUCCCCCGACCCCCAGGCCCAACAGCCCUCUCCCAGCCUGGUUGUGAAACCAGAACCAAGAGAAAAACGGGUCCAUGCAGGAUGUUGGAUGCUCUCAGAGGAGUGGUCUGAAGUUCUGCUCCCUACAGUAGCUCGGCAAAUACAAUCACUUCUCUCAAUAUCCUGCGCUUUAUAUGAAGGUGUUUUACUGUUGCUGUUGUCUUGUCCCUCAGAGCAUUUUAUGACUGUACCUCGAUUGUAGAAGCCCUAUUUUAUAAUGAGAGUUAUUUCAGAAUAUUUGCUGUUGUACAUUAAAUGUAUUGUAUGGAGAAAGCUAAAUAAAUGCCAUUUAAAAAGUA